AUGGCUUACCAAUUAUCGAUAGAGGUGUUCGGUACCGGCGAGGAUCCCAACCACCGUUCCCACUGGGGGUUUAUGAUCCAUCAGCCGCCAAACACAACGGGAGACCUGCUUCAUGUGCGCCUGAUUGACAUGUACCGACUUUGGUACGAGUUCGAGUCAAGGUCCAAUACCGAUAUUGUCGACAUGCAGGCCCUCGGAUUGUGUAGGCUGGCUGAGUUGACUCCGCAGCAGCGACUGCAGGCGAUUCAGAUCAUCAAGUCUGAGCCUGCACCGAGAGAUGGAUCGAGGAAGUGCCAGGAUUGGGUGUUUAGUACGUUGCUUUCGCUCGAGGUGGAAGAGUUAGUCCCGGAUGGGACGUCGGAGUUUUGGAAAGGAAUGGUUGGUAGGACGGCGAGGGAGGUUGAGAGGAGCAAUGGGGAUAGAUGGACUGCUCUUGAUUGA